AUGAGACUUGAGAUUAUUGAUCUUGGUUUUGAGUUGAUCGACGAAAGAACUCCGUUCCGUUUCAUCAAGAGACAAAAAUGACCUUAUUUCUUCCCUCUCAGUCUUAAAUGUUAAAAAAAUUACAAUGACAAUAAGGUAGUACCUUCAAGUCUUCAUAUUCUUUGGUCAAAUUUGCUAGGUCAUUUUCAUAGUUUAACACCCUGUUGCAUUGGCUUUGAAGGGUUUGUUCGCCUAUAGCCAGUUGAUCAUGUAAAUUCUUAAUGGUGUGUUUAUACGAAUCGAUUUCAGCUUUCAAUUUGGAGGCCUGAGUGUCUGAAGUCUCUUCGAUUUUACUUUGCUUAGCAGCUUCAAGUUCUGCAGAAAGCUGAAAUGGAAAUGUAUACACAUCCCCAAAUUAAAAACUAACCUGCGAAAUCAGGAGUUCUUUUUCUAAUUGUGCUUCUAAAAAAGCCUGUAUCUUUGGCUUAAGUUCUAUUUCUGGUAUUUUAUCACUAGUUAAGUUCCCGUCUAAAAGUCGAUCAAGCAUAUCUUCAAUGCCCAUAGAGUUUGAACUGUUACAGCUUUUUGCAUUCCCAGAAAUAAGGUCCUCGUAAUAUUCGCUGACGUGAUUGGCUAGAAUAUAAUAAGAUGGACAUAGAUGAAGGUUACCAGCUGACUGUUCCCGAUUUCCACCAUGAUUCCUUUCAAAAUGGGCCAAAAGAGCGGCUUCACAGUCCAAAUUUAGGAAACAUUCCGGACAAAGAUAGCCCUCAUUCAACUUUCUCAUGGUCUGUCUUAAAAAAACUCGAUGCAAUCAGCAAUGAAACCAUAAAUAGGACAACGGCAUGGAAGCAAUCAAAAAGAGAUACAGAGUAUUGUUACAUAAAAAUUUAUAUACAAAAGCAAAAAAAUAAGAAAAAUAAGUCUAUGUAG